AAUACCCGGGCAACAGCACACACCAAUGACCGGACUCCAGGCAGAAUCAAACUCCCAUCCCCCCAGCAAUGAAGACUGGAAAUGCCAACCCCCGUACCGCACCACACCAGGUAACUCACACUUCACCAAGAAGUGGACGGCUCACUGCCACUGCGGGCGCAUCAAAUACUGGCUCUCACGCCCGGCCCCCUUAGCCUCCAAGUUUUGCCACUGCAUCGAUUGUCAGGCUCUACACGGCGCUCCUUUCCAAUGGGCCGCCAUCUUCGAGAAAACAGACCUGCACUUCGAGAGUGGGGUCGAGGGGCUGGCAUUCUACCACUCUAGUGAUAAGUCCACUGACCACAAGCUACCGUGUAAGGUCAGUUGCGCGUACUGCCACUCGCCGAUCAUGGACGAGGGGAGAAAGAUGGUGUUGAUAUUCCCGGGGAUUAUUGAGUUUGGCGAUGCGGAAAAGAAGAAGUUGUUUGAUCCUCAGUAAGUUCUCCUAAAAAUGCUGUAGGAAGUAAGGGUUGAGUCUAUUGACGAUUAUUGAUUAGAUGCC